CAGAGGAGGAGAGAGAGGAAAAGGCGUAUGAGCUUCCCUCAAUCUCCCUCAAUCAACCUCUUUAAGUGAAAGCCUUCAUACCUCUCAACCAUUCGACUCUCACUCUCAUUCUAAAUAUUUACAGAUUAAAUUGAAUUACAAUAAUCCAAGGAGAUUGAAUCGAUCUCGAAGAUCCGCAGAAAUCCAAAUCGAUCAGCCAUUUCUCAGAAUGGCGUCGGCGAAUCGGGAAAUGGCGGUGUAUUGUUUCGACACCCUGGUCGCUCACUACAACAGCCCAGCCCCUCCUCCUGCCUUCGACGAGGCUCAACACCCUCUGUUUGUGACCUGGAAGAAAGUAGUGAAUGGUGGGGAACCUCGUUUGCGUGGAUGUAUUGGAACUCUUGAAGCUCGUUGCUUGAUCAAUGGCUUUAAGGACUAUGCUUUAACCAGUGCUCUGAGGGACCGUCGAUUCCCUCCUAUACAGGCUAAAGAAUUGCCUUACCUGGAAUGUACAGUUUCCAUUCUGACUGAUUAUGAAACUGGGCUCAACUACCUUGAUUGGGAGAUUGGAAAGCAUGGUAUAAUUAUUGAGUUUACUGAUCCUGACUAUAAUACAAGGCGAAGUGCCACAUAUUUGCCCGAGGUGGCUGCCCAUGAAGGUUGGACAAAGAUGGAGGCAAUUGACUCACUGAUGCGGAAGGCAGGUUAUAAUGGCACCAUCACUGAGACCCAACGCAAGCGUAUACGACUGACCCGUUACCAGAGUACAUUAUUUACCAUGCACUACAGUGAGUAUGCCUCCUAUGUCAAAACUACCAGAGGCGCGGCUCCUACAAUUGCAGGGGUCAAACCCGGGAACUAAUUGAUAGUUCCAAACAGCUUUCAUUCAGGCCAAAAAACUAGCUUGGUCUAAAACUAAAAGAACUACAUUAAAAAGCAACUGGUUUGGAAUGGGUUUGCUAAUCUUCAAACCCAGAUUGCUUCAUUAAUCAUUGUGACCUGUCUCUAAAUUAUUCUUCAAAUUCCUUUGAUUUUGAAGAGAACCCCGAAACAUUCCUGUUGUGAAUCUAAGUUAAUGUUCCGGUGUUGUUCCUAAGUUGGCAGCUUCUCUGGAAAAGCUGUACUGGUGUAAAACUUCUAUCCUAUAAUCUAUACUUAUCAUGCUGUGUGCUUAUUUAGCUU